AUGCCACAGGUCUCUCUAGACGCUGCUGGUCUCGUCGCUUUGGCUGACCUUGCUACGACUGCGUACCGGACAGCACUUACUGGCACAUCAGCCUUUCUGGAUGUUUUCGUGCUCUGCCCCGGCCUGCAUCGGCAACAGACGGCGCCAGGGCUCAACGGCGGCGAGUAUCCAGCCGUUGCUGCCAUGACCAGCGGCUACGUCUUCCGGAUCGAGAAUCCGGCAACAGUCGUUUAUCUCCAGAAGGUCGGCCUGACAGGCCAACUAACGACGUUGUCCGUUACCAAAAUCAGGCAUCAGCACCGAAGGCUGGCGAGAUUGCUAUCCAUGCUCUACACAUUUGAAAACAGUACUUUCAUCUCGUCCGUGUCGUACAUGUGUGCCAUCGCUGCGACAAUCAUCGUACUAUCCCUCAUGAUCGUCUUAGAAGACUGGUGGGGCGUCUUUGUUAUCCUUCUCCUCAUGUUUGCCCGGCUCUGCAACAGCUUCGUAAUCCGCAGACGCAGUCAACUUGGCUGGCAAGGUGCCAGCGAACCCGGUGAAAAUGGCGAUUUGCUUGUUCUUUUGAGCCAGGACCGAUGGAUCCGGAUGCGUGGAGCCGUCGAUGAUCUGAAGGCUGUUACCUCCGGCCAGUGGCUCCGAGACCCAACUUUCAUCGAGAGCUCAGUCAGCGCAUUUGCGACUUUGCUGGUGUACCUAGAUGCAGCGCUAGCCAGCAAUGUCAGCCAGCUGGGCAAAGUGCUUCUACUGGUGCUGUUGGUCAGUUCGGCGGCGCUUUUAUCCAUCGCGAAUGUGAGGACCGAUGAGUUGCAGAUGCAUGGAUACAUCGUCGAAGUCAACGGUCCACGCAGGAAGUACGAGAGGAGGCUGCAGAUGGCGGAAGAACUAAUCCAGGAGUCAGGAAGAGAUGAUUGGGCAGUGCAGCUGGGCAUGAUCAGCCGGAACGUGGACGACACUACAAAAGCCAAGCCCGAAGGUGUGGUGACAAUGUGA